AGCUAGCAAACGUCACUUCCGCCAUGGUAGGGUUUGUCCGACUCAUCGAUCGAGCUUAAAUAUUUUCCAAAAAUGUCGGGCAACGCUGGUAUGGAGCAUCUUAUUCCUAUAGUGAAUAAACUACAGGAUGUAUUUGCUUCAUUAGGAGUACCUCUUUCAUUAGAUCUUCCACAAAUAGCUGUCGUGGGAAGCCAAAGUGCUGGAAAAAGUAGUGUUCUCGAGAAUUUUGUGGGCAGAGAUUUCCUUCCCAGAGGUUCAGGCAUUGUGACCAGACGACCUUUGGUAUUGCAGCUGAUAUAUAGCAGAACAGAGUAUGCCGAAUUCAUCCACUGCAAAGGCAAAAAGUUCACAGAUUUUAGUUUGGUGCGGAAGGAGAUUGAAGAUGAGACAGAUAGGGCUACUGGAGGUAACAAAGGCAUCUCUAACAUCCCGAUCAAUUUACGAGUAUACUCUCCUAAUGUGCUCAACUUGACACUGAUUGACUUGCCUGGUAUGACAAAGGUACCUGUAGGAGACCAACCCCCAGACAUUGAGCAACAGAUCCGUGGGAUGUUGAUGGAGUUCAUUACCAAAGACUCAUGUCUCAUUCUUGCAGUAACACCAGCUAACUCUGAUCUUGCCAACUCUGAUGCUCUUAAAAUCGCUAAAGAAGUUGAUCCCCAGGGCAUACGAACUAUUGGCGUUAUUACCAAGCUAGACUUGAUGGAUGAAGGCACAGAUGCUAGGGAGGUUUUAGAAAACAAACUUCUUCCAUUAAGAAGGGGCUAUAUUGGUGUUGUAAAUAGAAGUCAAAAAGAUAUUGAUGGCAAAAAAGACAUUAGGGCUGCUUUAGCAGCAGAAAGAAAAUUUUUCUUGUCACAUCCUGCCUACAGGCACAUAGCAGAUCGCCUAGGCACACCUCAUCUACAGAAAGUUCUCAACCAGCAGUUGACUAAUCACAUCAGAGAUACUCUCCCAUCACUCCGUAAUAAACUGCAGUCUCAGCUUCUGGCCAUGGAGAAAGAAGUUGAAGAGUACAAGAACUUUAGGCCAGAUGAUCCAGCAAGAAAGACAAAAGCCAUGAUGCAAAUGAUCUCCCAGUUCAGCACAGAUUUUGAGAGGGAUAUAGAAGGCUUUGGUACCCAUGUUUCUACAGAAGAUUUGUCUGGUGGUGCCAAGAUAAACAGAAUUUUUCAUGAAAGAUUCCCAUUUGAACUUGUAAAGAUGGAAUUUGAUGAAAGGGAGUUAAGAAAAGAAAUAGCUAUCACAAUUAAAAACAUUCAUGGUAUCAGAACUGGACUUUUUACACCAGAUAUGGCAUUUGAGAGCAUAGUUAAGAAACAAAUUAAUCGACUCAAAGAGCCAUCUUUGCACUGUGUAGACCUAGUUGUCACAGAAUUAUCUACAGUUGUCAGGAAAUGCACAGAACGAAUGGUGCGUUAUCCUCGAUUAAGAGAGGAGACUGAACGUAUUGUCAAUACACGCAUUAGAGAGCAGGAGCAGGUAGCCAAGCAGCAGAUUCUUCAACUCAUAGACAUUCAGCUUUCAUACAUGAAUACUAAUCAUGAAGAUUUCAUUGGAUUUGCUAAUGCUCAACAGAAAUCAGAAAACACCAACAAAAGAAAACUAGGCAACCAGGUCAUACGUAAAGGCUGGUUAUCCCUACACAAUGUCAGCUUUAUCAAAGGGGGUUCCAAAGACUUCUGGUUUGUCUUAACAGCCGAAUCAUUGUCUUGGUACAAAGAUGAAGAGGAGCGAGAAAAACGCUACAUGUUGCCUCUAGAGAGCUUACAGGUGCGAGAUGUGGAGGGCGGUAUAUUCCAGUCUAAACACAUGUUUGCUCUUUAUAAUCCUACAGCAAGAAACGUCUACAAAGAUUACAAGCAGCUAGAGCUGUCAGCUGAAUCACAAGAUGAUGUGGACAGCUGGAAAGCAUCAUUUUUACGUGCUGGGGUCUACCCUGAGAGGACAACAGAGGAAGGAGGAAGUCAGUCAAAAGAUGACUACUCCUCAAUGGACCCUCAGCUGGAGAGGCAAGUUGAGACUAUCAGAAACUUGGUGGACUCUUACUUAAAGAUUGUCAACAAAACACAGAGAGACCUUGUUCCAAAGACUAUUAUGUAUCUUAUUAUAAGCAAUAUGAAGAUUUUUAUCAAAGAUGACUUAUUGCCUGGUUUGUACUCCGCAGGAGAUCAGGGUCAAAUGAUGGAAGAGUCAGCAGAAGAAGCCCUGCGCAGAGAAGAAAUCCUCCGCAUGUACCAUGCCACUAAGGAUGCUCUACAGAUUAUAUCAGAUGUGUCCACCUCUACUGUUACCACUCCCACCCCACCUCCAGUCAAAGAUGAUUGGUUAGGUCCUGAGGAGAACAUGAACUCUGGCGCUCCACCAUACAACAAUCGACCACCAAGUCCUGCUAGGCCACGUGGUGUUCCACCCCUCCCCAACAGACCAAUGGAUCAACCCCUUCAGCCAACGAGAGCUGCUCCAGGUGUUCCAAAUCGCCCAGCUCCCGAGAGACCAAUGCCUAGUAUACCAGCCCGCCCGGUGAGUGUAAACAGACAAGUUCCGCGAAUCCCAGACCGACCUCAGAGACCAAACUAAAUUAGUCAGGCCGUGAUAAACACUGAACAAAUGUCCAUCUACAGACAGCACUAUGAUACUUCCUCCCAGUAUCUUAUAAUUUUGUGCUAUGGAUGCGGAUUAAAAAAAAACUGUUGAUGUAUAUUUUUUUGUGUACAACCUUUUCACUGUUAGUUUAACUGUACAAAUAUUUGAUGUGAAUGGUUUGAUUGAUAAUUCAGAAUGGCAGGCUUAUGCUGUAUGAUAUAUUUUAAAAUUGAUUAUUUAUGUCUGGCUAAUGGGAAAGUUUUUGUUUUAAAGCACUGUUCCAUUUAAUUUCUCUGUUGACUAGCCUACUAGUUGCACUGUUGUCAAGCAUUUAAAUCUGGCCAGAUUUUUUUCAUCACUUGAGUUCAUCUGUUUAACAUCAACUGUGGUAUUUCUAGAUAGUAAAGUAGUAAGAAAAAUAUCACCAGCUAUUUCUUUUCGCAAAAAUUUCUAAUAAUUUUUUUUUUAAUUAUGAUUUUUAAUUUUUUUUUUUUGCGUGUACAAUAUUAUUUAUAAAUCAUUGCUGUAGAGCACAAAUAAUGUUGUUAUACUUGAAUCCAUAAUAGUUGUAAAAAAUGUAUUUUAUUACAACCUAUGAUUGAAUUUUUAUAGGAGUAAUGUAUUCAUGAUUUCAUGUUCCCUUAUUGAUUGCAAUAUCUUGCUAAGAGGUAGCUAGUGAACUUUGACUUGAAGCAAUCAGGAGUUUUGUGGGUUGAUAGACUGUGAUGAAUGACCUUAUAAAAAAUUAGCUUGUCUAAAACAAAUGUUUGGUACAUCUAGAACAUUGAUCAUGAUGGUGUUCAAUAUGUGAUAAAUAGAUGGACCAGGCCAUGGUAGAUUGGUGUAGUGCAAUGUUUUUUCUUACUUGACUGUCAUGUUAGUGGCCAGCAGUUGUAGGGAUGGCUGUUAGACCAGACAUUGGUGUAGAUAGAUACAUGUUCUCUGUGUCCUAUUGUAGUCACUAUUUUACUCUAUAGAAAACAACACAUCUCCUAGAAGAUAUCAAGACCUUUGGAUUAAUGGAUGCUGGAACUUUGUUGUUUUUUUUUCAAUUCAUGGCCAGGUUGAGUUGUCUUUGAGCAAAUUAACUUUAUCUUCCAAAAUGUCGGCUUUAACAAUUACUUACAAUGUUUUUGAACAAUCUGUUAGAACAUUCAUUUUCGUAACUAUAUUCAAGACGUACAGUGACAAAUGUAGCAUCUUUGUGAAUAAUCUUUUUUCUCAUGCCAGAUUAUAUUAAAAAUGUCACAUUUUAAUUAAUAACCUCAGCAAACUUAAUUGUUUCCUCCAUUUGUUCUGUCAUGCCAUUUUUAUUUCAUGAGGGAUUAUUGUCCAGUCAUUAGGGUUUCAGCCACAGCUUCAUUACCUAACCUCUGUCAGCCAUUUUCAAUAAAAAUCAUGAGUGCUAUGAGAUAGGUCAUUAUUCCCACUGCAAUAGGUCAUUAUUCCAAAAGCUUUGAUAUGAUAUCACAAUUUAAAUGUGAAAUACAUUCAUGUUCAUUAA